AUGCAGUGUCAACGACCUGACUCCGCCUCUAAGGCGCACGCUAAUGCGUACGCGCAGGAGGCGUCGCCUUCAACUGUUAAGGCCAUACCCUCUGACGCAGCAUUGGUCAAGGAGGGACAAGGCGCCACAACUAAAGGCGGUGCUAAUAAGGAUUAUACAUAUAGCGAUAUGCCUCACUUACAAAGCGGUCUACGGUUCUCAAACAAAUUAACCUCAAAGAAUAAUUUUACAUCAAAUACAAAUGAAAACUUAAAAGUUGAUGAUGAUGAGUUUAUUAAAGUCCAAAGAAAGAGAAAGAGGAUUCCUAAUAUACAUGGCACGAGUAAAAACAACAAUAUAAAAUUAAAAGUGGCGGACAUGACAUUCAACAUAUAUGUCUCCAGGUUUCAGUCGUCUACUACAGAAGAUGACAUAAAAGAAUAUCUUACUGAAAAAGGUAUAGAAGCCAUGGGAGUAGAAGUUUUACAAUCAAAAAUGCCAACAAACUUUCGUUCGUUUAAACUCGUAGUUAAGAAGAAUGAUUAA